AUGCGGCAGAUCGGUGCUGCUAAUCCGCUUGCGGGGUUGGCGGCCUUGGGGCUCCCCGCACUCAACACAACAAACACUGGCGGGCUCAAUCCUGCAGCUUUGGCGGCCUUGGCUGGAAGUCAACUGCGUACAAACAAUCCGAGCCGCAAUCAACAGGGCAACAGUCAGCAAACACAUGAAAUGACUGUUCCCAAUGAGCUUAUCGGAUGCAUCAUCGGUAAAGGGGGCACUAAAAUUGCUGAAAUAAGACAGCUUUCGGGUGCCAUGAUACGAAUCAGUAAUUCUGAGGAGCGGGAGGGAGGCAAUACGGAUCGGACGAUUACGAUAGCGGGAAAUCCAGAGGCGGUGGCUUUGGCUCAAUACCUCAUCAACAUGAGGUAG